UUUGUAUGCUGUCAUUUUGAUAGAUAUCUAUUAAGAACUUUUAAAUACUUUGAAAUCUAUCAUUGCUCUGUUUAUUUAUAUAUUUCUACGUAAAGUUUUUGUCUUUUUUGUCUUGUUUGUUUUCACAUUAGCUACUAGUGUUUUUUUUAUAAGUGGUGUGUUUGUUGUAAAGCUGUUUCACAUGUGUAGCUUUUCGUUGUUCGAGUCCAGCUGCAGAAUUAGUGUUUUUAACCAAAGCAAUGUCUUCUGCUUCUUCAUCUUCUGCUGCUUCUUUGUUGCUUGGAAGGGAGGUGGAUGUCUUCCUGAGUUUCUGCUGCCAGACUAGCCAUGGAUAUUUUCAAAAUAUUUUGAUUCGAAAUGGCAUUAGAACUUUUUUAUCCUACAGAUGCUUGGAGAAGAGAUUCGGACCAAUUGGUCAACGGACACUCAAGGCUUUGGAAGAGUCGAGAGUCGCGGUUGUUAUGACCUCUACGACGAAACCUUGCUCCGUUGGCUUCCUAGAAGAGCUCUUAGUGAUACUCGAGUUUCAGGAAAAAGGUUCACUCAUGGUCAUACCCAUUUUUCUUACAGAUUUAUCUUUUAAUGUGGAAGAAAUAUGCAGACAACAUCCGGAGAAGGCGCCAAGUUGGAGAACUGCACUUACCAAAUUGACCAACCUUGCCGCUGAGUAUCCAUUAUCUCAAAAUCUUGCAGGAAUGGAUCAGUCAGAUCUACUCAACCAAAUUGCUCGUGACAUAUCUCUUGUCGUGUUCUACUCCGGAUCAAACGAUUCGAAUGCCCUUGUUGCAAUGGAUCGUCACAUGAAAGUGGUUUAUGACUUGUUGGCUUUAGAAGUUAACAAAGAGGUUCGUACAAUUGGCAUUUGGGGUAGUGCUGGUGUUGGGAAGACAACACUUGCAAGGUACAUUUAUGCAGAGAUCUUUGUAAACUUUCAGACACAUGUUUUCCUAGAUAAUGUUGAAAACAUGAAAGACAAGCUUCUAAAGUUUGAAGGAGAAGAAGAUCCAACGGUAAUAAUAAGCUCAUAUCACGAUGGACAUGAAAUUACCGAAGCAAGGCGUAAACACCGGAAAAUUCUCCUUAUCGCUGAUGAUGUGAACAACAUGGAACAAGGGAAGUGGAUCAUUGAAUAUGCUAACUGGUUUGCUCCAGGAAGCAGAGUCAUUCUUAUUAGCCAGAACAAGAAUUUGCUUGUUGACGCCGGAGUGAUGGAUGUGUACGAAGUCAGAUCUUUAAGAUAUGAUGAAGCUCUUCAAGUCUUCUCUCAUUUUGCUUUCAAGCAGCCUUAUCCACCUUCUGAUUUCGAAGAGCUCGCAGUUCGUGCUGUCCAUCUCGCAGGCUUUCUUCCUUUGGGCCUUAGACUGUUAGGGUCGUUUUUAGCUGGUAAAGGUCGAGAGGAGUGGGUAGCUGCACUGCUCAAACUCAAGGCAAAGCAAGGUGGACAUAUAAUGGAAGUGUGGAAACUUAUGGAAGCAACAGACGAUAAAGGCCUAGAGGAGUGGGAAACUGCAGCCGAUAUAGUGGAAAGGAAGGAAUCAUCACAAGAUAAAAGUCAACAAGAGAGUGAAGUUGCUGCAGACAUUUUGAUAGGAAAGGAAUCAUCACAAGAUAAACAAUAAUAGUAGUGUGAAGAGUCAUUUGUAUCUCGUCUUUGUUUUAUUGACGAUAAUACGAGUGUGAAGCUUCCUCACUAAGCUUUAAGUUAGGACUCUGUUCUUCUAUUAUCCUUAAUCCUUUUUUGUGCUAUUCUAAAAAUGGUAGAUUUGGUUUGAUAUUUUCACGAAACGAUAUACAAAAUAAUUGAUAACAUGUUUA